AUGUGCGGUUGUGUUUCGCUUGCGUGCCGUAGUUAAAUGGAUAAUGUAUGACUGAUUUUCACUAUUUUGCCGCUGCAUUAUCGAGCUCGGUUAGAAUUUUUCCCGCGGAACGCGAUGUUGGGACCGCUUCGUUUUCUAGUGUAGUCAACAGUUUUGUAACCCUUUUCGGGCCCAGGGUCCACCGUUCCUUGCGCUUCCGCGUGAUUCUUCUGAUUCGCGUGAACUCUCACGCGCUAUGUGUCCAUCAUCACCCGUGAUCGUGUUUGGCUUGUUGUGUUUAGAAUUCCAGUCUCAAAGCAUUCAUUAGCGGCGUAUCAGCAACCGAUCGACGGUGGUGUGGAACGAGCGGGUGACCGGAUUGUGGUGAAUCGUGUGCGAUAGCCGAACCGGAUUGAAUCAGUAGUGCCUAACAGCGGAGGACAGUGUGUGAAGCGGAAGUAGCAUCUCCUGAUAGAGGUGCGAUAGUCAUCGGUACCAACGGGACGGACAACGCUCGUUCGUGAAGCAACAACAUGAGCCACACUGAUAACAGCUGGAACGUAAAUCUUCUCCGGUCUCUUCCACUCAUCCUCAGAAUCUACGUCGUAACAUGGAACGUCAGCACCAAGUUCCCGGAAAACAUUUCCCUCAACAAACUACUCGGCCUAGAGACGCGUCCUGAGCAGGACACCCAUCUGCCGGAUUUCUUUGUCAUCGGGCUCCAGGAGGUGAAUGCGCAGCCCCAAAAUACGCUCUACAACCUGUUCAAGGAUGAUUUAUGGACGCAAAAGUUCAAGGAUCUCCUGAAAGAGCGCGACUAUGUGGUCAUCAAGACGGAACAGAUGCAGGGUUUGCUGCUGUCCGUGUUCGCCCGCCGGAAACAUCUGCUGCAUCUCCGGCAGGUUGAGACGGAGUACACGCGAACCGGUCUCGGUGGAAUUUGGGGAAACAAAGGCGCGGUCAGCAUUCGAAUGAACGUUUACGGGAGCUCCAUCUGUCUGGUGAAUGCUCAUUUGGCCGCUCACGACCACAUGCUGGAGGAGCGAAUAAACGAUUACGAGCGCAUUGUGCAGGAGCAAAAGUUUCACGUAAAGACCAGGGAAGCCAUCUUCGAUCAUGACUACGUGUUCUGGUUCGGUGAUCUAAACUUCCGGUUGACGGGUGAAGCGACGACGUCGGCCGACGACAUACGGACCAUGGUGGCACGCGACGAGCUAAAGCAACUGAUCGAGAAGGACCAAUUGCUGCUAGUCCGCCGUGAGGGACGUGCGUUUCAGAAGCUACAGGAACGGCUGCCUCAGUUUCCGCCAACGUUCAAGUUCGAGCACGGCACCAAUGAUUAUGACAUGAAACGAAGACCCGCCUGGACGGAUCGGAUAUUGUACGCGGUGAACGAAACCAACUAUCGUAACGUGCGGCUCACGGUGGAGCAGACGUCCUACAAGAGCCAUCCGAGCUACAGUAUUAGCGACCAUAAGCCAGUUACCAGCGAGUUUACACUAAAGGUUCAACGGAAGUCCCGGUACAAUUCUGAGCAGUUCCGAGAGCAUUACAACAAGCGGCUAAGCUACAAGCUGGCAAUGGCUAACAAUUCUGACGUUCACUCUUUCGACGAUAUCGUUGCGGAUCUGGUUGACGAUGGUGCCCAGGUGUACGAGGAUGCGUCGGAGCGAACGAUCAGCUUCAAACCGAUCGAGCUGUGGCACAUCGGCGAACCGAACACGAUCGAGUACGUCAUCCCAAGCGGGUUCGAUGAGAGUAACGCCGACUGGAUCGGAAUCUAUCGGGAGAACUUUACUAGUCUGAACGAGUACCUGGCGUACGAGUACACGGAAACGUAUAAGGAUAAGCAGCAUCAGCUGAACGAGCAACAAGUGCAGCACCUUCACAACACGCGCACGGUGGAGCUAACGUUCUCGGAAAACGUUAGCCUCCCGCUCGGCGAACAGUACCAGUUGCUGUACUUCCAAAGCACGGGAACUCGGGGCGUUACCGGACUGGUCGGUAUCAGUAGCCCGUUCCCGGUCGAGAAACGGUGCCCUUCGCCCUCGUUCGACGAUAUCGAUUGAUCGUGGCCGAAGCGCUACUAGGAUAGUCCGGGCCAAAACUAACAGCCAAAGCGCGUGUUGUGGCUUCCGGGUGGUCGGCUACGCCACGCUCCUUCCAAAGAAUGCCGUUGCGGGGACUGAACGUGAGUUCGACGCCCGGUCGUUGCUUCGCUUUCGUCCGUUCGCUUUUUCCAGCAGCCGACGCAAACACGAGAUGCGCAGAAAUGUUCUCUCAACAACCCAUUUUGCUUCCUCCGGCGAGAGUAACAUAGGAAGACUAAUCACCGGUUUGUGAUACGUGGUCAAUCACUAGCACUAGCGUUGCCCUGUUUCAAGCGGGUGUUGCAUUAAAAAGCGAGUUACGAAUACAAUCACCAGUUUCUAGACGGCGCCGCAAAUGUUCCGGAUGUCUGAGUGUGCACUUUAUAGGAGAGGCCUUAUAGCUGGUAGCUUAGAGCAUGCUCUAUUAUGUUAACGCACGCAGCGCAGCGCAUAACGCACCACCAUCGCAAUCGGUUGCGUUCCAUUGUUUUUGUUAUCGUUUUUGUUUUUAUUUUACCAUAGAGUUGUAUGUAAAGUAAAUGAUGCCGUGUGCUCUGGUAGUACUGCUAGCGACACAGUAGAUGCGGCUUGUGCGAAGCCCGUGGCUUAUUUUAUAAAAACUUGUUAUUUUUUUAUUAAAGUAAGUACAGUUCUAGAUGGGGUGCCACCGUGGUUUACCUUUUGUUGUUUUGUACAGUGUCACAGUUUUGUUUUCAAGUUGCACUACAGUGAAACGUUCUCUCCGCAAAGUUAAUCCGCGACGCCUGCAAAGCAAUUUGACUUACAAAAUGGCCACCAUUCGGCCGGUUUACGAAAUCCUUUUAGAUUGAAACCGUUCCUAACGUGUCUAAAUGUUAUUGUUUUGUGCAUCUUGUUAACGGAACCGUGUUUUCUUCACAUCGACGAUUGUGACCAAUAAAAGGAACCUUUAUGAAAAUGAACAAUAGUUUAAUCUUACUGUGCUACCGCCUCUGGAAGUGAGACAGUUGUGUUGUAAAUUAUUUGUACGAAUUUUUAUGGAUAGUAAGCGAUCCGGAAAAGGAAUGAUGUCAGUAUGGAACCAGUAUUGUAGUGCUUAUAAAAUUAGUAACCCACACAGGUAAAGCUAGAAAGAGAAGAGUUUGUAUUCGUUGGAUACCAGCGAGAAACCGGUAUCAGUUUUUUUGUAGUGUGCGGCAGUGUGCGAUCUGGCAAUCUAUCAUUCAGGCGCAGCGUGAGCAUGAUGUGUACCGGGUUCGUGCGCCACGUACAUGAAAGGAUUUUUGCUUCGAACCCGCCGUUUGCCGCUCUCUGCGCCGCCCGGCGUGCACGGUAUCGAUUCCGUCGUCGAUAUGGACCGUGCGGGACUCAUCAUCAGUGGCUGAAGGACCGUCAUGACAGGCUCGCCGUUUGGCACGGAACGGGCCAUCAUCAUUGGUUCGCGGCGGUUAUUUGGUGACUGUGGUUUCCCGUCGUUGUAACAACAACUGG